AUGUAUUUUAUAAUUGGAUUCGUAGUUUUUGUUUAUAUAUCGUAUCGAUUGUAUCAACAUUUUUUUCCAUCACCAAAUAUAAAUCCAACUGGUAAAUAUGUAUUAAUAAGUGGAUGUGAUACUGGUUUUGGUUAUGGAUUAGCUAUUGAAUUAGAUAAACAAGGUUUUAAUGUAUUCGCUGGUAUUUAUAAUUCUAAUAAUAAAGAUAAAUUAACAAGCAUUCUUUCAUCACGUGCAACCGUCUUUAAAUUAGAUAUAACACAAACAGAAGAUAUUGAUCUUGCCUAUGAAAUGAUAAGUAGUAAAACAAAAGUACUUCAUGCACUUGUUAAUAAUGCUGGAGUUGGUAGUUAUGGAUAUAUCGAUUGGAUUUCGGUGGAUUCUAUACGUCAAGUAAUGGAUGUGAAUUUUUUUGGACAUGUUACAAUGACAAAAAAAUUUUUACCAUUACUUAUAAUGAGAAAAGAUUCACGUGUUGUUAAUAUUUGUUCAGUAGCUGGUUAUAUAAGUGUACCGGGAAUGGUUUCUUAUAAUUGUUCAAAAUAUGCUUUAGAAUCAUUUUCGGAUUGUCUUCGUCGUGAAAUGUCUAUAUGGGAUUUACGUGUUAGUAUCAUUGAACCUGGUUUUAUGAAAACCGCUAUUGUCGAAGGACAUGAUAAAACAUUACAUGUAUUAUGGAAUGAAUUGAAGAAUGAUGUCAAAGAUCGUUGGGGUGAAGAACAUCUUGUUAAACAAGUAGAAGAACUUUCGAAUAAUCUAUUGAUAAAAUAUGCUGAAAAUCCUAAUAAAGUUAUUAAUGCACUUAAACAUGCUGUUAUGAAUACGAAACCACAUAUUCGUUAUCGACCUGGAUGGCAAUCGAAUGUAAUGUUUGCGCUAUCGCAAUGUCCGGCUUGGUUAGUUGACUUUGCUAUCAAUAAAUUCAAUACAGGAGGUAUUACUCCUAUAGGUGCACGUAAUCAAUUGAAAGACUGA